AUGGCUUUUCCAUACAAGCCUGUAGCCUUUCUCACGGGCGCAAAUGGCCCAAUCCACGCCCUCGCCUACUCGGCCAGCCCAGGCACCUACAUCCUAGCCGGCAGCGCCGACCGCUCGAUCCGGCUGUACAACCCCUCGCCCAGCACGGCCAUCCUCCCAGCCAACUCCUACAUCACCAAGCAGCAGCAGCAGCAAACGCAGGCCAGCGUCCCCGAGGGCCGGCUGAUCCAGAGCUACCAGGCGCACUCGCACGAGGUGCUCUCGCUGGCGGUGGCGGCCGACAACGCGCGCUUCGCCUCGGCGGGCGGCGACCGCACCGUCUUCCUGUGGGACGUCGCCACGGCGCAGACGCUGCGCCGCUUCACGCACAGCACCGAGGGCCACGUGGGGCGCGUCAACUGCGUCGCCGUCGGCGGCGCCGACGACAUGCUCGUCGUGUCCGGCGGCUUCGACACCUCCGUGCGCGUCUGGGACGCCCGCGCCGGCGGCAGCGGCCACGCGAAGCCCGUGCAGGUGCUCGACGGCGCGGCGGACGCGAUUUCUUCCGUUGUCGUGCGCGGCGCCGAGAUCGUCGCGGGCUCGGUCGAUGGGCGCGUGCGCUGCUAUGAUGUCCGCGCGGGCCGGGUCACGACUGAUGUGAUUGGGGCGAGCGUCACGAACCUGUGUCUUACCGGCGACGGGAAGGCGAUGCUCGUGGGGAGCUUGGACAGCCGGCUCAGGCUUAUGGACCGGGACAGCGGGUCGUGCCUGCGGACGUACGGCGCGGACGAGGAGGGCCAGGGUUGGAGGAAUACCGACUUCAGGGUGCAGAGCGUGCUGGGCGGCAAGGAGAGGUUCGUCGUUGCCGGGGACGAGAUGACUGGCGCGGACGGUCAUGUGGCCAGCGAAGGCGGUAGGAUAUGGGCGUGGGACCUCAUGACCGGGAAGCUCGUCGCCAAGGUGCCUGUCCCGUGGGGCCCGGCGGGCACGGAACGGCUCAAGAAGGUGGUUGGCAGGGACGGGAAGCCCAAGGAGCGCAAAUAUGUCGUGAGCUGCCUGGCUUGGAGGGAAGGCGGCUUCGGGGACCAGUUCUGCGCUGGUGGAACGUCAGGUGCAGUCACGGUAUUUGGUGCAACGUGA